AUGGCACCACAGCAGGGCCAUGCGCAACCGGCGCAGCAGCAGCAGCAACAGCAGCCGCAACAACAACAGCAGCAGCAGCAGUACCACUCGGACUCGGCGUCGCAGCAGGCCGAGAUGAGUGUUGUGCUGUGUACUGCAGGAUACGACCACACGAUCCGGUUCUGGGAGGCAUGGAGCGGUAUCUGCUAUCGCCAGAUUCCUCUGCAACCGCAAUGGAAACAGGUGAACCGCCUGUCCAUCAGCCCAGAUAAACAGUACCUCGCGGCGGCGGGCAACAGUGCGGUCCGGAUAUGGGACAUUCCAUCAUUGUCCAACACGCCGAUCAUGAGUCUGGACGGACACACGGCCAACGUCACUGCGCUGCAGUAUUCGGCGCAGGGCAAGUGGAUCGUGACGGGCAGCGAAGACGGGACGGUCAAGGUGUGGGACACGAGGACGGGCCAGGUGCAGCGCACAUACAAGCACGAAGGCACGUCUGUCAACGACGUGGUGAUCCACCCGAACCAGGGCGAGCUCAUCAGCUGCGACCAGCUGGGCUCGGUCAAGAUCUGGGACCUGGGCGAGAACACAUGUACGCACGAGCUGGUCCCCGCCGAGGACGUGCCCAUCCGCUCCGUCUCCAUCGCCAGCGACGGCGGCACGCUCGUGGCCGGCAACAACCUCGGCACGGUGUUUGUGUGGCGUAUCCAGUCGGGCAGCGAGACGACGUCGUUGGUCCCCGUGACGUCGUUCCUCGCGCACUCGAAAUACAUUACGCGCUGCCUCUUGUCGCCCGAUACCCGCCACCUGGCGACGUGCUCGGCAGACACGACCGUCAAGCUCUGGUCCACAAAGGACUACGAGUACACGCUCGAACGUACCCUCGAGGGCCACCAGCGCUGGGUGUGGGACGCGGCCUUUUCCGCAGACUCGGCGUACCUCGUCACCGCGAGCAGCGACCACGCAGCAAGGCUCUGGGACCUGGCCACGGGCGAGACGGUCAGGCAGUACGAUGGGCACCACAGGGCCGCAGUGUGCUGCGCGCUGAACGAUAUCAACCUGGCUUAA